AUGGAUACCGUCGACAAUGAUUCACCCAGGUUCCGCCCCUUCGCCUCGCCGAGCCAUAAACUCAUCAAGGUCAAGAAAGCGAAAUACUCCACCUCACUCGAUCCACGCGGCUACAUUCCCGUCUACGAAUAUACUAUCAACAACCAACCCAUCAUGUGGGAUCGGGAAUCAGGCUAUGUUCAUUUCACCGGUAUCUGGAAAUCGCUCGGCAAUUCAAAAGCAGAUAUUGUCAAGAUGGUCGAUUCAAAUCCAGAUUUGAAAGUCAAGAAAAUUCGUGGAGGGUUCUUAAAGAUACAAGGCACUUGGAUUCCAUAUGAGUUUGCUUAUACUUUGUGUCGUCGGACAGCUUGGAAUGUUCGCAAAGAGCUCGUCCCCAUCUUCGGC